AUGGAAAGACACCUCAAAUUUCAGGACGUCAGUGUUGCGGUGCCAGACCUCAGUGAAGAGUUUUCCAAGAAGCGUGUGGAAAGUGCUGACUUUGUUAAUGUUUUGUCAGCACCUGGACGUUUAACUCUGGUCGAAACAAAGACUAUACGGGGCUUAUGCAAAACAAUCCGAUUGAGACACUAUCAGGCGGAAGGGAUCACUUGGAUAAGAUUCCUACGCAAGUUCGGAUUGCAUGGCAUUUUGGCAGACGAUAUGGGUCUUGGGAAAACUCUUCAAACAUUGUGCGCUCUGGCACUGUCGCUGGAUAAU